AUGACGGAGUGGACCCUGCUCAAACGUCUCCUGGAUGCUGUCCACCAGCACUCCACUAUGAUCGGUCGCCUGUGGCUCACAGUCAUGGUCAUCUUCCGGCUGCUCAUUGUUGCUGUGGCGACUGAGGACGUGUACACCGACGAGCAGGAGAUGUUCGUGUGCAACACGCUGCAGCCGGGAUGCUCCACAGUCUGCUACGACGCCUUCGCGCCCAUCUCCCAACCUCGCUUCUGGGUCUUCCACAUCAUCAGCGUCUCCACGCCGUCCCUCUGCUUCAUCAUCUACACGUGGCACAACCUGUCCAAGCUGCCUCACAACACCAGCCACAGGCAAGGACCAGGACCAGGACCAGGACCGGGGGACGUUCCAGGGAAGGGAGGCGCUGAUGUAGAGCGAGGUGGCGGGCGGGAGAUGUAUGAUCGGAGUUGCGACUCAGACAGCUGCUCCAUCCGCUCUCAUAAACAUCUGGGUCACAGCCUGGCAGAUGUGUUGGAGGGCAUUAACGUGCAGAGCCUCCAGAGGAUAGACCCCGGCAACAUGGUGUCUUUGAGCCACCCCCGGGAUUGCACCUUCAAGGAGGGGAGUGCAGAGGGGCCCAUAGUCUCUGGAGGGGUUCUGUCUAAAUGUUACAUCUUCCAUGUGUGUUUACGGGCUGUUCUGGAGGUGGGCUUUGUCCUGGCCCAGUGGAAGCUCUUUGGCUUCCAGGUGCCUGUGCAUUUCCUCUGUAGCUCGGCCCCCUGCAGCCAGCCGGUGGACUGCUACAUCUCUAGGCCCACUGAGAAGACCAUCUUCCUGCUCUUCAUGUUUUGCGUGGGGGUUUUCUGUAUCCUGCUCAACCUGCUGGAGCUCAACCACCUGGGCUGGAAGAAGAUCCGGCAGGUGGUGAAGCUGAGGGAGAGGGCAUCCUGGGGAGGUUGUCAAGGCUUGAGGGGGGGGUAUGAAACCUUCCCUCCAGACACUCCCUCUGUCACGUCUUCUUUUGGCUUCAGGGAUGUGACCAGCACCACCUCCCUGCCCAAUUUGGACCUGGUGGUGGCUCACCAGCCUGACUGGACCUGUGCUGUGAACUGUGGCAGGAUGAGGCAGCCUGAAGAGGUCCUAGAGACUAGAACAGAGCAACCAAAGAGACAGGAUUCCCAUAAAGGAGAGAGGCAGCCUCUGAAGAGUAAGAGGACAAUCAGAGAGUCCAAACAAAGAAGUGCAGAGGUCUGGAUUUAG